GAGAGGAGAGCUGGGAGACAGAGAGGGGAAAGGAGACAGAGAGGGGAGGAGAGGAGAGCUGGGAGACGGAGAGGAGGAGGUCUCCAGACAGCUGUGCAGGGAGUGAAGAGAUACAUUGUAUCCGGAGAGGAGAGUGAGGAGUGGCGGAGAGAUACAUUGUAUCAGAAGAGGGCGGAAGAGGAGAGUGAGGACUGAUACAUUGUAUCAGGAGGAGGAGAGAAGAGUUACAUUGUAUCAGAAGGGGGAGGAGGAAGUAUCUGCUAAUCUCAGGGCGGUGCAGGGAGAUCGGUGUGGGGUGCAGGGAGAUUGGUGUGGGGUGCAGGGAGCUCGGUGUGGGGUGCAGGGAGCUCUCUGGUACACACCUUCCUGCUAUGCUGAGAUAGGUGAGGAGGAAGCGGAGGUGACACAUUCCUACCUGCAGGGGGCGCCUCGCUGUGCACACCAUGGGGGAGGCGGCGGUGAUCACGGCCAGAGCGACGGUUAUGCUCUACGAUGACGGCAGUAAGAAGUGGAUAAACGCCGGGACGGGGGCCGCGGGAUUCAGCCGAGUGCAGAUCUUCCACAAUCCCGCCACACAGAUGUACCGCGUGGUGGGGAGGAAGAUGCAGGACCAGCAGCAGGUGGUGAUAAAUUGCCCUCUGGUUCGAGGACUGAAGUACCAUCAGGCCACGCCCAACUUCCACCAAUGGCGAGACGCGCGGCAGGUGUGGGGGCUGAACUUCAGCAGCAAGGAGGAGGCGGCACACUUUGCAGCGGGAAUCGCUCAGGCUCUGGAGGCUCUGGAUACAGGUGCCAGCUGGACUCCAAUGAAUGGACCCAAAGUAGAAGAGCCGGAACCCCCGAGGAGACCUCCGGAACCGGAGCAGAAAGUGCAGAGUCCAGUUGCCCCGGUUACUCCGCCAUCAAGUGGUCCUCCAGCUCCACCCGGCCCACCACCUCCACCGGGGCCGCCGCCAGUUUCUGGGGGUCCUCCAGCUCCUCCAGGGGGUCCUCCAGCUCCUCCUGGGGGUCCUCCAGCUCCACCUCCUAUGCCUUCUGGGGGGGGUGGUGGUCCUCCCCCUCCCCCUCCUCUACCGUCUGCUGCAGGCGGCGGGGGUGGUGGUGCUGGCGGUGGAGCCGGCGGGUUGGCGGCCGCGCUGGCUGCAGCCAAGCUGAGGAAAGUGGCAAAGGAUGAUGGGGGCGGGACGUCUCCGGCGAGCGCGGGGCCACCCAAGCCGGACGCCAGCCGCACCAGUGGAGGAGCAUCGGCAGGUGGAGGAGGCGGAGGAGGACUGAUGGAGGAGAUGAACAAAAAGCUGGCCCGCCGGCUGAAGAUGUCGCAACAGGGCGAUCGCCCCGCCCCCACCACGCAGGAUGACAGCGAUCUACAGAGUGGGAGGGGCCAAGCUGAGCCGGCUCGGCGCCCCUGGGACAGAGGGAGCACCACGUUGCCCAGGAUGAAAUCGACGGUCAGCAGCACUGAGGUGGCUCCGAGUACAGACGAACCAAUGGACUCCAUGGAGAGGAUGAAGCAGGAACUUCUGGAUGAGAUGAGGAAAGAGCUGCAGAGAGUGAAGGAGGACAUUAUAGAUGCGCUUAUCCAGGAACUGCGGAGAUCCGGCACACCGUGACCUCGGGCUCCUCCCCUUCGGAUGACUCAGGCUCCACCCACAGGCUCAGCACUCUUCCUCUGCUGUGCAGCACCUUUAGAAAUGAGCAGCCGGAAAAGGCUUCUAGCACCCCCUACUGGUGACGUGGUCACUAAUUCUUGAAUUGCACCUUCACACUUGUGAACUGCCACCCCCCUCCCCCCCAUUUGUACUAACCCCCCCCUCUGUGUCCCGUGACAUUCCACACCCGCCAUAACAUUCCCUAGGUACCGCCCCCUUUCCCCCCAAACAUACCCUAUCCAUCGUCUCCUCCCUUUACCACAAUAACCCCCCCCCCCCCCAAACCCUUGCUCCACCCCUACAUUAUUCCAUCUCCCUGUCUUGUGCUCCGCCCCUAUAUAAUACCAUCACCCCAGUCCCUUGCUCCACCCCUAUAUCAUUCCAUCUCCCUUACUCCACCCCUAUGUCGUUUCGUCUCCCCCGUCCCUGCUCCUCCCCUAUGUCUUUCAUCUCCCCUACAUUAUACCAUUACCCCAGUCCCUUGCUCCACCCCUAUAUAUUUCCAUCUCCCUGUUCCUCGCUCCACCCCUACGUCGUUUCGUCUCCACCGUCCCUCACCCACAUCAUUCCAUCUCCUUGUCUCGCGCUCCGCCCCUACAUAAUACCAUCACCCAAGUCCCUUGCUCCACCCCUGUAUCAUUCCAUCUCCCUUACUCCACCGCUAUGUCAUUUCGUCUCCCCCGUCCCUGCUCCUCCCCUACAUUAUACCAUUACCCCAGUCCCUUGCUCCACCCUUAUAUAUUUCCAUCUACCUGUUCCACCCCUACGUUGUUUCGUCUCCCCCGACCCUCACCCACAUCAUUCCAUCUCCCUGUCUCGUGCUCCGCCCCUACAUAAUACUAUCACCCCCCCCCAGUCCCUUGCUCCACCCCUAUAUCAUUCCAUCUCCCCCUACGUCAUAUUGUCUUCCCCGACCCUUGCUUCAUUUCUACGUCAUCCUGUCCCUCGCUCCGCCCUGACGUCAUUCCGUCUCCCUCCCCUCAUCAUCAUCCUGUCCCUCGCUCCACCCCUACGUCAUUCCGUCUCCCUCCCCACAUCAUCCUGUUCCUUGCUCCGCCCCUACGUCAUUCCGUCUCCCUCCCCACAUCAUCCAGUCCCUCGCUCCACCCCUACAUCACCCCACCCCCUAUAUCAUCCUGUCUCCCCCCCCCUCCUUUGCAAUACCCAACAUUAUCCUGUUACCCCCCCAAUCAUCUUCAUUUUUUUUUCCCUUGCCACAUGCUGCAAAGCCACUUGAAAAAAUAAAUAAAAAAAAAAAAAAACGGGUCGGCAGAGGCUGCAAGCUUCGACCAAUAGAAUUUUUAUGGGAUAAUUAACGGGUUUAUUUUUUAUUAUUAUUUCUGAAUCAUUUCAAGUUUUUUUUGUACAAUUUGUAGCAGAAGAAAAUCGGCUUGGCAGGUUUAUAGACGG